AUACAGUGUCAUGGCAGCUUAUGCUAAUAUACAGUAAAGGCUAUAGUAGAUGAGAAAGGCUAUAGUAGUUAUAAGUGGUGAGCCUAUAAGCAAGCAAAGUAUCAGUUAUAUAAUUUUGGGUGCAUGGGAUGGUUUUAAAAUGCUAUAUUUCAUCAUUACUUAGGAUUGCAAACAGGAGGCAAAAUCCUACCAUUAUCAUAGACAUCAUUUUCAUAAUAAAUUAUGUUUGUCAACGUCUCUUUUAUUUUAGCCGAGUCACUAACUGUAUCAAGUAUUGAAUCCACUAUUUCAAUAAGUGUAAUAUCAUCAACCAGUAAUGCCAAGAAUAUAUCCACUAUUAUACCUACAACAUCAACUGGGCAUAGUUCAUCAAGUAUAAUACCAUCAUACAGCACUACAACAUCUUUGAUAACAGUGACUAGUUCAAUGCCAGUUGAUGAUGAUACUGACAGUACAGAUACAGCAGUGUCUAUUAAUGUUGGAAUAACUGUAGCACUUGUGAUCUCUGGACUGAUCAAUAUCAUAUUCAUAAUAUUAUCAGUUUCUGUUCUUCUUUAUUUGAAGACAUCCAAUAAAUCAUUGACUAAUAGGAGCUCACCUACUGAGGCCAGUAAUGUGGAGUAUGAUAAGAAUGUGAGCUAUCAGCUGCAUAAAAUAACUAAUGA